AUGCCCUUCCACCAGACCACUGACCCCUCUCCAGCCCGGGGCAGCCCAGGCCUGAGGGAGGUGGAACCCAAGGACCAGCAGCUCAUGGUGGCGAUUCGGAUCCGCCCACUCAACAGUGCAGAACUGGAGGAAGGAGCCACCGUCAUUGCCCACAAAGUGGGGGACCAGGUGGUGGUGCUCAUGGACCCGGGCGAAGAUCCGGAGGACACCCUGCGUGCACACCGCUCCCGGGAGCGCACCUUCAUAUUUGACACCGUGUUCGACCAGCACGCCUCUCAGGAAGCUGUGUACCAUGCCACCAUCCAGCAUUUAGUGGAGGGUGUCAUCUCUGGAUACAACACGACAGUUUUUGCCUAUGGCCCUUCAGGGGCAGGGAAGACCCACACCAUGCUGGGCAUGGACGCGGAGCCUGGCAUCUACCUGCAGACCCUCACUGACCUCUUCCAGGCCAUCCAGGAGACCCAGGACAACAUGCAGUAUAGUGUAUCUAUGUCUUACCUGGAGAUUUAUAAUGAAGUCAUCCGCGACCUCCUGAAUCCGUCCUCUGGGUUUCUGGAGCUGAGAGAAGAUUCUAGAGGCAGCAUCCAGAUUGCAGGCAUCACGGAAGUAUCCACCUCCAACGCUCAAGAGAUCAUGCAGCUACUCACCAAAGGCAACCGGCAGCGCACACAGGAGCCCACGGCCACCAACAAGACUUCAUCCCGCUCCCACGCAGUCCUGCAGGUCACUGUGCACCAGAGAAGCCGAGGUGGCGACCUGGCAGAGGCAGUGCGCCUCGGGAGGCUCUUCAUGGUGGACCUGGCAGGCUCGGAGCGCGCGGCGCAGACCCAGAACCGAGGCAAGAGGAUGAAGGAGGGGGCACACAUCAACCGCUCCCUGCUGGCCCUGGGCAACUGCAUCAACGCCCUCAGCGAGAAGGGCGGCAGCCGUGCUCAGUACGUGAACUUCCGUGACAGCAAGCUCACACGCCUGCUGAAGGACGCCCUGGGGGGCAACAGCCGUACAGUGAUGAUCGCCCACAUCAGCCCGGCCAGCAGCAGUUUCGAGGAGUCGAGAACCACACUGCUCUACGCCUACCGGGCAAAGAACAUCAAGACGAGGGUCAAGCGCAACCUGCUGAACGUGUCCUACCGCAUUGCGCAGUACACUGAUGUCAUCUCGGACCUGCGCAGGGAGAUCGAGCACCUCAAGUCCAAGAUUGAGAGGCAGGACAAGGAGAAGAGUGGCCCCAGCGUUCUGGACAUACAAGUCACAGCCCCCCAGGAUGCAGAGGAGGACAGUCGUCUGCAGAUGAACAAGAUCCGGGCCCAGCUUAUCGGGGCUUUCAAGGAGCAGCAGGAGAUGCGGCGCAGCCUGGUGGAGCUGGAGAAUACCAGCAUUGAGCUGCACAUAGACAUGUCUCGCCACCUGCUGACCAUCGCAGACUGGGAACGGGAAAAGGCCCAUCACCACACUAACGUGGUCAGCGGUGAGAAGGAGGAGGAGCCAGGGGACGCUGACGGUGAGAAGGACGAGGAGACAGCAGAUGCUGACAGAGAGGAGGUUGAGGCUUCAGAGCCCCCGGAGGUGGCUCUGGCCAGAGAGGAGGUGAACCUGCUGUUGGCUGAGCAGCGGAAAACAGCAGCCCUCAAGGCCGGGCUAGAGCAGCGUCUGGCCCAUGCCAAGAAGAAGGCCUCACAGAUGGAGAAACUGCUGCCCAGGCAGGUGACAAACAAGGACCAGCGGGAGGUGCUGCAGCUGCUGUGCAGGGCCCACGAGCUGGAGGUAGAGAACACAGAGCUGCAGGCUGACAACCUGUGCCGCAAGAACCUGCUGGGCCAGAAGGACUUCGUGAUCCAGCGCUACCACCAGCACCGGCUGCUGUGCCGGCAGGUCAUCCAGGGGCACCGGCAGCUGAUGCAGGACUACGGCAUUUCCGCCCCAGAGCCUCUGGAGCAGCAGUACCGAUUGUACUCCCGGGAGCUGGGCGAGGGCACGCUGGACCACCUGCUGCUGCAGCUCUCAGUGAUGUCCAGCUCACUCCAAGAUGGCCCCGUCAUGACCGUGUCACCCCCACCACCUGAGGGGACCAGUGCAGAACCUCUGGCUGACAGGAGGGACCUCCCAUGGGGUACCACACUUGAGCUGCCUCAGAUGCUCCUAGAGAGAGACAGUGAUGGGAACAGGUCUUCAAAAAGCACCCCCUUGCGGAGGCUUGGAAAGCAAGACUCUCUUCUCCCUCCACCGGCCCUCCGCAUCCUGCUGACACCUCCCAUGCUUGAGAAGCCGAAUGCUCUAGGCACAAAGAGCCGAGGCUCCAGGCUGCAGUCCACAGCUGGCUUGGAGCUGAGAACCCCACAGGCAGCAGGAGAAAUGAGCAGCCCCCCUCUGAGUGCCCAGGCCCUCAAGGAGAUGGCCCUGGGAACCAAGAGCAUCGCUCUCAUAGCAGCCAACCGACGCUACAAGGUGUACGACAAAGAGGGCAGCUGCUUGGACUCCAGGGACCCCAGCCCUGCAGACUGGAGGCGGCCCCAGCCCAGCCCCAGCAGGGACCACUCUCUGGAGAGGAAGGCAGGGAGGAAGCGGUCACCCUCACUCACCUGGAGCCUGCAACAGACGAUGGAGAAACAUCAGCCCUCUAUGGAACACCCAUCCGAGGUCCAGCUGUCCCCAGCACACCUCCAGCCACCAAAGCCACCAGGGAAGAGCCUUUUCCCUGCUGUCCCUGUGUCCUCCAAGAUGAAACCCAGCCUCAGCUGUCACGCAGAUGGAAACACGCUUCAUGUGCCAGAGGUCAGCCUCACCUUCCCCAGUGCCAUGUGGCAGAGCAACGUGGCCCCAAGCCGGCCUCCCCUCCUGCCACGUGACAUCCGAGGGUCUACAGAGAGCAGAGGGCGGCGUCACAGCCCACUGCCCCCCAACAAUGCCUCCAAGCUCCAGGGUGGCAGUGCCAAGAGGCCAAGGCGACCUAAGUAG